AUGGACAGAGAAAAUUGCUCCUCCUCCAGCGAAUUCAUUUUCUCGGGAAUCACUAAUAACACUGAUCUCAAAGGGACCCUUUUCACCAUGUUUCUACUUGUUUACCUGAUUAAUUUUCUGGCAAACCUUGGAAUGAUCGUGUUAAUCAGGACUGAUUCCCGUCUCCACACACCCAUGUACUUCUUCCUCAGCAACCUCUCUUUCUGUGACCUCUGCUGUUCCACCGCAGUUGGACCCAAGAUGCUGGCGGACCUCUUAGCUCAGAGGAAAUCAAUUCCCUUUGUUGGCUGCGCUCUGCAGUUCUUGACCUUAGUCACGUUUGUGGAUGCUGAGUGCAUGCUGCUGGCAGUGAUGGCCUUUGACCGGUACCAGGCCGUCGUCAACCCCUUGCUCUACACGGCCCACAUGUCCAGCAGGCUGUGCUCACGAUUUCAGGCUUGCAUUUACACGGUGGCGCUGACAGAUGCUUUGAUAAACACGGUAUUGGCAUUCCGCUUAUGUUUCUGUGGGUCUCAUGAGAUUAACCAUUUCUUCUGUGAUGCCCCUGCUCUCCUUUUACUAUCUUGCUCAGACACACAGGUCAAUGAAUUAGUGAUAUUUAUCAUUUUUGGCUUUAUCGAACUGAGCACCAUUUCAGGAGUCUUUGUUUCUUAUUGGUACAUCAUCCUUUCAGUCUUAAAGAUCCGCUCUGCUGGAGGGAAGUUGAAGGCUUUCUCCACCUGCGCCUCCCACCUCACUGCCGUUGGCAUUUUCCAGGGAACGCUGCUUUUCAUGUACUUUCGGCCAAGUUCUGCCUACUCCCUAGAUCAAGACAAAAUGACCUCACUGUUUUACACCCUGGUGAUCCCCAUGCUGAACCCGCUGAUUUACAGCCUGCGGAACAAGGAUGUGAAGGAGGCGCUAGAAAAACUGAGAAGUAAAGGGUGGUUUUAA